AUGGUCCGAGUCAGUCGGAUGAAGCAUUCGACCACAAGAACGUCCACUUUACUGCCCGUCGUUCUGCCUUCAAAGGCCAUGGCCAAAAAGCCCUUUUUUGACCGGCUUCGAGGUUCUAUCAUUGAGCGCCCAUUCCAAGAAAAGACCGAAGAGCCGAACAGGAGUGGACCGCCGAGAUGCCCGGGAAAAGUCAUGCUGAUGGAAGAAAGAAGGAGGCGCCUCAAUCUCUUCGUAGUCCUCAUGUUCAUCCACCUUGAGCCGAAGAAUGCGAGGUCAUCAGGUCAUCGUCAGUCGACGACCACUCCGCGGCGUGUGCUGUUGGACACCGGUGCAGAUUUCAACCUGAUUUCUGAUGAGGCUCACACUGAGCUCAACUUGAACAAACAGCCAUACAAUGGUCGUGUGCAUUCUAUUGGUGGAUACACCGAGCUCAGCAGCACCGUCAUCCUUCAGUGGCAUUUCCGGAGUUACGGUUCCGGGACGGGCCAGAGCUCGCCGUCCUAUCGUGCGCCGUUUUAUGUUUUGCCACCAGAAUCCGAAGCAAAGUUUGACUGUAUCCUCGGCCGACCAUGGAUCGAGGAGAACUGGAAUGAAUUCAUCGCUUUGGUCGAGCUCAACCGAAGAAAGGAGACGGCAGGAUAG